AGAUUUAUUGAACUUGCGUGGUGAAAACGUAUCAAUUCGCAUACAUAUUCGCGCAAUAGAAUGAUAAUUUACAAUAAAAGCAACGGUAUACUUCAUCAACCGCGCACUAGCAGUUGUAAAGCUAAAGGAACAGGAUUAAAUCGAAAGGGUCUUACAUUAAAAAACAAAUUGUUUUUAAAAUCACUGGGCUUCAAAAUUCAAAUCUGAUAAUAAUAAUAAUAAGAAGCAUUAAAAAUGAAUGAAAUUUUAAAUGUUCGUGAGAGACCGUUUUCAGAUGAAAGUAUUUCGAAAAAGGAAUAUCAUACAUAUUCCUCGUAUCAUCAAUCAUUUAAAGCAAAUGAUGAAAUACGUAUUUGUAUUCAAAAUCAGGACUUGUAUGUACUCCCUCACGAAAGCUAUCUUAAUUUUCAAGGAGUUGUUAAGAGAGUAGCAGCCGAUGGUACAAGCACCACUGAUAAUAUCGAGGUUACGUUUCGCAAUAAUUGUAUGGCAAAUUUUAUUGAUGAAAUUAGAUAUGAAAUAAAUGGAUACGAAAUUGAUAGAACACGGUUUGUUGGCAUGAGCAGCACCCUUAAAAAUUAUCUAUCGGAAAGUCGUCAGGAUAGUCGCAAACUUUUAAAUGCUGGAUGGAGUGGUGGAAAUGAUAUUAUUACAAAAGGUAAUUUUAAUUUCUCGCUACCCUUAAAAAAUGUAAUGGGGUUUGCUGAGGAUUAUAGAAAAGUUUUACUGAAUUGUAAGCAUGAACUUAUACUUUUGCUGACAAAAAAUCUGGAUGAUGUAUAUGUUAAAAACAAAGCAAACCAUACAUAUGUUUUGGAAAUGACUAAUAUUAGCUGGAAAAUCCCUCAUGUAACACCCAGUGAUGCUGCAAAAAUUAAAAUGUACGAUAUAAUAAAGAGUGGCGUAAAUUUACCGAUAGCUUUCCGUAGUUGGGAUACAUACAUUAACCCAAAACUGAUACAGGGAAAUCAACACGUCUGGAGCCUAAAGAUAGGAAGUAAUAGAGAACGACCGAGAUUUGCUAUUAUAGCCUUCAUGUUGAAUGGAGAACUAAUUACAAAUAAUUUAUCCAACCUGAAAGUCCACUUGAAUUCAGAAACGUAUCCAUAUGAUGACUUAAAUGUAAACUUUGAAAAUGAUAAAUAUGCCCACCUUUAUGAUAUGUAUGCAAUGUUUCAAAAGAGUUAUUACAACCGCCCAGCAGAACCAUUUUUAUCACCGACAGAAUUUAAAAGUAAACCUAUUAUUGUAGUUGACCUUUCAUAUCAAAAUGAAACAGUUAAAUCGGGACCUAUCGACGUGAGAAUUUCAAUCGAUUUGAAAAAAAGCAAACAAUGA